AUGGAAUCUGCCGGCGACAGGGGGGGAGGCGGCGCGCAUGGCGGCGAGCCCGUGAUGGCGAGAAAGCGGUUCCGACUGGAUAUGGACCUCGGGUCCGACUCGGAUAGCUCUACCGAACAAGACGCUUUGCCCCGUGGAGGAAGUCGCGGUCGCGAUCCCGUUCAAAGUUACCCCAGUGCAUCAAACCCCAGACAUCAAGCCUCGCCGGCAACUGGACAGCGGCAGCACCAACAGCGCGAUGGCAUGACCAACAGCUAUCGGCAGAUAGCUCAAGGCGAUGAUGACGACUACGGCACCACAUUUCGAUCGUCGGAUUCUCGGUCUAGGGGAAACAGCGGUGGCAAGGGGCGGUGGUCAAGGGAGGAUGGCAGAGACGCUGGGCAGGGGUGGGGACCGGGAGCGCCGUAUCUGGACGAUGCUCUGGAAACGAUCUGUUCCCAGCCCAAGUUUGUGACGCCAGACCAUGCAGAGCCGAUGCAGCCACCGCGACUGUCCGUGCCGCCUCCCAUGACAAACACCCGUACGCACACCGCGGUGCAGAACCCCUACAAGCCUUCGGCGCGAGUCACUCCCGACAGUCAUCAUCAAACCAGAAGGGUCACUGCUGAACCCGCUCGGUCUUCGGGAAGUCGGAGCUCACGCUCUUCCUCCACGGGUGGAACGUCGGCAGCAAGGAGCGUAGGUGCUUCUGCACAAGAGGCGGGCGGAGGCGAUGGUUACAGCAGCAUGGAUAGAGGCAGCGCCCUGAGGCAGAUGCCCUCGCUUGUUGGAGUGAAGGAUGUCUACCCUCCGGAGCUCAGCAGAAUUUGGCCGUUCCAAAACUUCAACGCCAUCCAAAGCGCACUGUUCCAGACGGCUGCCAAGAGCGACAAGAACGUGGUCGUCUCGGCGCCGACGGGUUGCGGCAAGACGGUUGUUCUAGAAAUGGCGAUCGCUCGGCUUUGGCAAGAGUCUGGUGGCACCCUCGGCAACCGCAAGGUCAUCUACAUCUCCCCCAUCAAAGCCCUCUGUCAGCAAACGUUGGACGACUGGACCGCCAAGUUCUCACCACUUGGGAUACGACUAGCCGAGCUCACCAGCGACUCCACCUCCGGCCCCUCCAAGGGCUCGGUGUCCCUCCGAGACCUGGCGUCGGCGGAUGUCAUCCUCACCACGCCGGAAAAGUGGGACAGCAUCACCAGACGUUGGAAGGAGCACGCGUUCUUGGUCGGCACGGUGGCGCUUGUCCUAGUCGACGAAGUUCACACGAUCGGAGAGGAGAGAGGUGCCACGCUAGAGGUGAUCCUGGCUCGAAUGAAGAUGGUUUCGCGAUCUACGGAGGUGGUUUCCAUGGGGCUUCCCGCGUCGCGGAUGCGCUUCAUUGCGCUGUCUGCGACGCUACCCAACGCCAACGAUUUUGGUUCAUUCCUUGGAGCUGAGGUGUUCCGAUUUGGAGAUGAGUUCAGGCCGGUCCCUCUCCAGACGCACGUGGCCGGCUAUCCUUCCGGCAGCAAACCCUUCCUCUUUGACCGGGGCCUCAACAAUCGUGUCGCUGGAACCGUUGCGAGGUACUCGAACGGGAAGCCGUCUUUGGUGUUCUGUGGUAGCAAGAAGGACACCGAAACGGUCGCUAGCUCCCUGGCCAAAGGGACGGAUUACGCCAGAAGGACGGGCUCCCAGGUGGUAAUGCAGUACCUAGCGACUGCUGCGAACACGGCCGAGGACCCGCAGUUGGCCAAACUAAUGAUGAGGGGCGUGGCGAUUCACAACUCGGGACUUUCUCCCCGUGACCGCGGUCUUGUGGAAAGGGCGUUCCUGUCCGGCAGUAUCGCCGUCCUUGUCGCGACAACUACACUUGCCAUGGGUGUGAACCUGCCCGCGAGGCUGGUUGUGAUCAAGGGGACAAAUCAGUACCGAGGGGCACAAGGGUACAAGGAGAUGCCCAGGUCGGCCAUCCUGCAGAUGAUCGGAAGAGCUGGACGCCAGGGGUUCGACAGCAGCGGCGUGGCGGUAGUCAUGACGUCAGAGCGCAACAAGAAGGCCCUGGAGCGCCUGAGCGCAGGGCAGGAGGCGGUCGAGAGCUCCCUCCAAGCGAAGCUUCUCGAGGCGUUCAACUCGGAGCUGCGGAAUGCUGGAGUAAUCGCCAUGGACGACGACGAGUUCUCCGUCCAGCCGACCCCUCACGGCGUUCUGUUCAGCCGUUUCAUGGUUCGCUUUGAAUCCAUGAAGGUCAUCCUGGAGGUUUCCGAGAACCACGGAACCCGGGACAUCCUGCGAGUGUGCGCCGAGUGCAACGAGGUCAACGUCCCACUACGACGAGCAGAGAAGCGUUUCCUGAACGACCUGAACCAAAAAGUUCGAUACCCGCCGCCAAAGAAGGAGGUGGUGCGGACGCCAGCAGACAAAGCCCUGGUUCUCCUCCAAGCUGCGCUCGGAGGCCUUCACCUCGAUGACUGGACCUUGAGGGGAGAACAGACCGCCAUGCUCGACACGUCCGCGAGGCUGCUCGGCUGCUGUGCGGAGUCGCUCGCGGUCGCCGGCAGGGGCGGGGGGUUGGGCUGCGCCGUGUCCCUGCGGCUCAUGCGCUCGGUCCGCCUCAGGCUGUGGAUGGAUGCCGAGCGAGGGCAACUGAAGCAGCUUCCCGGGGUGGGCGAUACCAUGAGCGGGCGCCUGGAGGCUAGUGGGAUCAUCACGCUCACCGAUUUAGGCUGUUCGACUUCGGUCAAGGUCGACGCCAUCACCGGUCGCAAGCACCCAUUCGGCAACGGCAUUCGCCACGCCGCUCUACAGCUGCUGACGAGGGCUCUGACAGCCAGCGUGUCGCGUCAGCAGAUGGGUGACGGGAGGCAGGAACUCCAGGUUCGAGUCGAACCGGCGUUCCAGACAACGGACCCAUUCUCUGACGGGUACAUUGAGCCCCCCGACGAUGCGUAUGCCCCCCCACCGACUGGCUGGAGGCGGAACGACACCAACUUCCAACUUCUCGUGUACUACGACGGCCAGGAACCGCCUUUAUCAUCCUCGCCUCUGAUGCUCUUCCGAAAGAUCAACAUGGAGGGCAUGCACAGCGCCACCCUCCCUGUCGAGGCCAUCGAGAAGGACGUUACUAUUCACCUCUGGCUCAUCUGCUCCGGGGUGUGCGGCAUGGACGUUGCAGAUGUCAGGAUAAAGCCAUCCAGCCUAGACAGCCGUUUCGCGAGCGUAGCGGAUCUUCGCGCGAUCUGGUCACAGAACGCGCGGCGUUCGGCAAACCAGGACGCCCAGGACGAGGAGGAUGGGGCGGACCCGGUAGAUGAGUCGGCACCUGCCUCGGACAGGGCAGGCUGGUUGGACUGGGAAACGAACGACAAAACCACCCGGAAGAAACCGGCGGGCGGACAUUCUACCGGCGAGAGGGGGAGCUCUGGGGCCAAGAGAAGCAGGGGUGGAAAGAGCGGUGGUGCCGGUGCUGGCCGCGGGAAAGGAAAGGGAAAAGGAAAAGGGCGGGCUGGUGUUGGGGUUGGGUCGGAAGGCGAGCGGCAGCUGGACCUGGCGUCGUCGUUCAAGGCCGCGGCGCUGUCUGAGUCUGCCAGGAAACGAGCGAGAGCAGCUGGCAGGGGUGGUGCUGGAGGUGGCGGCGCUGCCAAAGCAAAGCCCUCGGAGGGAAUGAACCGGGGGGAGCUAGGGGCGAUUGGUGUGUCUGACGCCGGGGAUGAUCUCGGUAUUCCCCCGGCUCCCGGAAGGCCGGCCAAGCGCAAGGCCGAGAGCGACACCGCCGGCACGAGUACGCCGGCCAAGCAGCUCACCAAUGGUAACGGCCGAACGUGGGGGUCGAAGGGCAGAGGCAGCGGGAGCGUGACUUGCUCGAGCAUCGGGACGUAUCACCCGGACGGGACGGCGAUGAGAACUGUGCUUAGGCAAAAAGGGUCCGAGCUGAACAUGUCCUCAAGCGUGGAAGUGGACCGCCUCGGGCGAAACGGUAGCAACUCCUCGUCCCCGUUUCCUGGAACUAUUGCCAACAUGGGUCCGCGGUGGCUGUCGGCCGGGUUUGCAGCGCCCGGCGGAAGUGCUUCGAGCAGGAGAGUUUCGGUCGGUCGACGGGGAAACACCAGCACUUCGGCCCUGGAUGUUGGCCAGGGUUCUGGCGGGGGCCCCGCGGUCGAGCUUUUCUCCGAGUCCUACGACUUGACGGCGGGAUCUCCUGAGGACGCUUUGGAUGCCGGGCAGUCGUGGGAACAGCGCGCAAAUACGAGCGGGAACGAUUGGGUAGGAGACCACGCCGCCCGCGGCGCCGGCGCCGGCGUCGGGCAGGUCGCAAUCGAGCACCCGCUUCCGUUGACGCACAAGCAGCCUCCGGAACGUGUCAUGCAUCCACCUCUCACCGCGGCAAGCUCUCACACACCUAGCGCGAGAAGCGGGCGGCCGCCAGCGGCCCGGUCGUGGGGUGACGUUUCGAGGCAGCAAGGCAAGGGCCGCCAUGCUGUCCCAGGGGUGGGGCGAGCGGUGGCGGUGGGCGAGCCCCCUGGAGAUGAAUGGGCGUUGGGAGGGGCAGGAGUACAACAGGAAGAUGUAGACAGGAACCGCUUCAUAACUCGUGGCACAAGGGGAGGAGGCGACCAUGAUGCGGGGGUGCGCGAUCCGUCUCCGCUUUCCUCUCCUAUCGGGGGGUACGGUGGGGCGGCGUCGGGGUCUAGCGGUGGUGGUGGAGGUGGUCGGGGCUGGAAGGCUGGGGCAAACACCAGCAGCUUCUUCGACCGAGGAGACGUAGCGCACUCGAAAAAAGGAGCCAACCUGGAAACUCGGAAACCGGCGAUGGCGACAUUGGCCGACGGCAAUAGGUUUGGCCCGAAUCAGCCGGUAGGGUCAGGCGCACCUACGUCGUCCUGGCGACCAACCACGUUUCCCGCCGCCGUUGGGCGGAAUGAGGCGGCAUCUCAGUACAGUGAACCGUACCCAAAUUCGUCGUUACCCCCGUCGACGAAGCGCGGGGUCACGGACGGCCGCGGGAGCGGGCGCGGAGGGGAGGAGGCAGGUGUGGGGGGAGCAUCAACGGUGACUCCAAACUCUCGCGGGUUUCAUGCUUCUCCUCUGACCUCGGCGUCAACCGCUCCGAUCAGCGCGACCGUUUCCCGGAGGGGUGGAGAUCAACGGGCCCAGUCGAGGCAAGGGGUUUCAGCUCCCCCUUUGGCUGGUUCUAGAAUGGCCGGAAGCCAAGCCGGCGGAGCAUACGGUGGAAGGGGGGCGGCGGCGGGAGGUCCCGGGCGCGGAUGGCCGCAAGGAACGGAGGAAGGACGACGCAGAUUUCAGAGCAAUGGGGCGGCUGGCGGUGCCGUGCGCAGGGGCGAGCAGAUGCAGGAAGACGGCGGGGGUUGGUUUGGCCAGCAUCCAACAACCGCGUAUCGAGGCGACAUCAACAUCACCCACGGCAACAAAGCCUUCGGCCCACGAGGAGCGGGAGUAGAGGUCACAAGGGGCCCGACAAGGAUGGAUGCCCGUGCCCAAACGCCAGAAACAAGACCCACGGCCGCAGAUGGCGAUGCUAGUGCUCCUGCGGGACACCUCUCGGCGGGGUGCAGCGGCGGCGGAGGAGGCGGAAGCGGUGGCCGUGCCGAGGACGUGGGCGUUGCGGGGGGGGCAGUGGCUCGGGAGAACGUCGCGACGAAGCUCGACUUCCACACGGUCUUCGACUGA